UGAAAAUGAUCAGGGGGCCAGAGCACAUGAUUUAUGAGGAGAGGCUGAGGGAACUGGGCUUAUUUAGUCUGCAGAGGAGAAAAGUGAGGGGGGAUUUGAUAGCAGCCUUCAACUACCUGAAGGGGGGUUCCAAAGAGGAUGGAGCUCGGCUGUUCUCAGUGGUGGUAGAUGACAGAGCACGAAGCAAUGGUCUCAAGUUGCAGUGGGGGAGGUCUCAGUUGGAUAUUAGGAAACACUAUUUCACUAGGAGGGUGGUGAAGCACUGGAAUGGGUUCCCUAGGGAGGUGGUGGAAUCUCCUUCCGUAGAGGUUUUUAAGGCCCAGCUUGACAAAGCCCUGGCUGGGCUGAUUUAGGUCCCUUCCAACCCUGAUAUUCUAUGAUUCUAAGGACCCAGGUUCCAUCCCCCUGAGGGAAGAAGCUCCACUGAGCAGCAGGCAACAGGGCAAAGCCUUGAGCCAGGCCUCAGGGCAGGGAUUGCAGGGCUUUGGCUUCUCUUUCUGGUUCUGCCACUGCCCUGCUGUGGGGCCCUGGGCAGGUCACUUCCCGUCUCUGUACCUCAGUUUCCCCGUCUAUCCAGUGAAGGGAUAGACACUUCUCAAACUCAGUUUGAGCAGUAGUGAGUCUGGAUCAGACAAUGAAUGUUAAACACUCUGCGCUCAGAAGGACAGUGAGUGGGUGUUUGGGAAAGAACUCCUACUGAUUUCCUGUUGGGCUCCAUCCAAAGCCAAUAACUAGGGCUGUCAAUUGUAAUUUCAAUGUAUUAUCCAUAUUUUUGUGGAUUUUUUUAUAGUUUAAAAUAUAUUGAUUUCAGUUACAACAGAGACUACAAAAACAACGAGGAGUCCUUGUGGCACCUUAGAGACUAACACAUGUAAUUGGAAUAAGCUUCCGUGGGCUAAAACCCAAAUAAAUGUGUUAGUCUCUAAGGUGCCACAAGGACUCCUUGUUGUUUUUGCGGAUACAGACUAACACGGCUACCCCUCUGAAACAGAAUACAAAGUGUACAGUGCUCAACAUAUAUUAUUAUUUUUGAUUACAAAUAUUUACACCGUAAAAAAGAUAAAAGAAAUAGUAUUUUUCGAUUCACCUCAUACAAGUACCUCAGUGCAAUCUCUUUAUAGUGAAAGCGCAACUUACAAAUGUAGACAUUUUUUUUAAGAUAACUGCACUCGUAAACAAACCAAUGUAAAACUUUAGAGCCCACGAGUCCACUCAGUCCUACUUCUUGUUCAGGACCAACAAGUUUGUUUACAUUUCCAGGAGAUAAUGCUGCCCACUUCUUAUUGACAAUAUCACCUGACAGUGAGAACAGGCAUUUGCAUGGCACUAGUGUAGCCGGCGUUGCAAGGAAUUUAUGUGCCAGUUAUGCUAAACAUUUGUAUGCCCCUUCAUGCUUCAAUUUCUAGAUUGCACCAUUGGUUUUUUUACAGUGCAAAUAAUAAUAAUACAGGUGCCCCUCCCCCCAUCACCAUGCUCCACUGCUGCUCCCACCUCCUGGCCCCCGCCCCCAUGGAGCCACCCCCACCAAGCUGCCUGCCCACUGUCUGCUGUGCAGAGCGGGGGUAGGAGUGGGGGGCUGAUGUCAGGGUGUCCCCGAUCUGGUAGCUGCUGAGCUGGGGUUGAGGAACGGGGGCACCUGUCUGCUGUUGCCAUUGGCUCAGGAGUGAAGCCUGGACACCUGGGUUCCCUUCCUUCUCAGGCCGGGGAGGGGGUGUGGCCUGGGGCUACAGGAGGACGAUGCUUGUCCAGACUGACUACAGGUCUCUGUCACUGACCCCAUUGCUCUAAGGGAUGAGAUUCCCUGGGGGUCCCAACAUCGGGGGAGCUUCGGGAGCAGCCUGCAGGGAGAGCCCUGCCAGUGUGUGCAGAGCCCAGUCCAGGUGCCCCCGGGGAGUGUGGGUAGGAGAGGGAGUCGCCCCAGCUGGGGGGCAGACAGGCCCAGUGGCGAGAAGCUGCGUUGCCCCAGACUCACGGCUGCUCCCUGCUCAGUUCCAGGAUGGACGUACUGAGGAGGAUUCUCAGGAGAAAGGCUCCGCAGGUGGCCCUGGAGCCAGAGGGGGGCAGCUGCCAGCAUCCCCAGACAGAGAGCCGCCCCUCCAUCCCCAUGGCAUGGGAAGCAGCUCCUGGCCACCCCAGGAGAUGGACCUGCUCGGCCUUGCUCACCAGGAGGAAACCAGCUCCCAGGGCUGGUGCCGAGCGGAGAGAGACGACAUCCAGGCCGAGAUGGAGGUGGCCCAAGUUCAGUCUGGGCAGGCAGGACACAGCCCACGGGAGGAACCAGGCAAGGCAGCUCUGGGUUUGCUUCUGCUGGAAGGCCAGCCCUCAGCCCAGCCGCGUGGGCCAGCAGGAGGCAUCCCCAGCGCAGGAGCUGGGGGAUCGCUGCCCCAGCAGCUCAACUGGUGACGGAGGGGAGAGCAGCCGCUCCCUGGAGGCUCCCUGCAACACGGAGGCCGAGUACUCCUCCACUGCAGAGAUCCCCACGGACCAGUCAGAGAAGAAGGACCUUGCCCCUGAGGAAAAGGCAGAGGAGGAUGAAGAUCGGGCCACAGAAGGAGAGGAAGAGGAGGAAGACCUAGAGACAGAGGAGGAGGAGAAGCAGGAAGAGGAAGUCCUGACCACAGAAAAAGAGGAGGUGGAGGACCUAGCCAUAAAAGAGGGGGAGGACAUGACCACAGAGGAGGAGGAAGACCUGGACACAGUGGAGAAGGAGGAGGAGGAGAACUUGUCUGCAGAAGAGGAAGAAGAGGAGGAGAACGUGUCUGCAGAAGAGGAGGAAAAUUUGUCAGCAGAAGAGGAGGAGGAGGAGCUCUCCAUAGACGAGGAAGAGGACUUGACCACAGAGAAGGAGGAGGAAGAAGAAGGUAAAGGAAGAGGAAGAGAAGGACGUGGCCCUGGUGGAGGAACAUCUGAUCAUGGAGCAAAAGGAAGAAGAGAAGGAUCUGGCCAUGGAGCAGGAAGAGGAGCACCUGCCUAAGGAGCAAGAGGAGAAGGCCCAGGCCACAGAGGAGGACAAGGAGGACCUGGACCAGGAGGAGGAGAAGGAAGAGGACCCAGUAAUGGAGGACGACGAGGAUGUGGCCAUGCAGGAGAAAGAAGAGAAGGAAGAGGAGGUACUGGCUAUGGAGGAAAAGGAAGUGGAAGAGGAUUAGGAAUUGGCCAUGGAGAAGGAGCAGGAGGAAGAGGACCUGGCCACAGAGGAGGAGGAGGAGGAUGUGGCCAUACAGUGGGAAGAAGAAGAGGCAGAAGAGGAGGUAGAGGACCUGGCUAUAGACUAGGAGGACCCAGGAAUGGAGGAGGAGGAGGAUGUGCUGAUGCAGGGGGAAGAAGAAGAGGAGGGGGAGGACCUGGCCAUAGGAAUGGAGCACGUGGUCAUGGACAAGAAAGCAGAAGAGGAUGACUUGGAUGAGGAGGAGGAGGAGGGCAAGGCCAAGUCCUCUUCCACCUCCAUGGCCAGGUCCCCCUUGCCCAGAUGCGUAAAUAGGGCAGUAAUGAGUAGGAGCAGGGUGGGAUCUUACCUCUCUCUAUAGCAUUGGUAAGAGAGAUAAUGGAAUAGUGACAGCCAAUUCUGGUGUCCGUGUUUUAAAGGAUGGUGUUAAAUUGGAGAGGGUGCAGAAAAGAGUCACACAAAUGACCUGAGAGCUGGAGAAAAUGACCUACAGUGAGAGACUCAGACUGUAGGUGGGUGAAAUUUAAUGGCCUGGAACAUUCAGGAGGUCAGAUGAGAUGAUCCACUGGUGCCUUCGGGCCUUAAGCUCUAUGAAACUCUAUGAAGCAUCGCCUCCCUCCACCCCCCCCGCUCCGAUGUGCUUCACCGCACAGAAGGGUGGCCAGACAGCCUAGAAUGACUCUGCUCCAAAGCGGCCCUGGUGGAGAAGACAGUGGUGAGAGUGAGAGAUGAGUGAGAGACGGCUGUGGGGACCUGGCGGGAGGGCAGGAGACCUCGGACAAGGAGGGGGCUCCCCUGGGCAGGGCACUGGAGGGGACAGCAGAGAGCAAGUAUUCCUGGGGCUGAGGUCUGGGCACCGCGAAGAGGAAAUUCUGGGCGUAAGCGCUGGGGGCAGGUGGGGAAUUGUGGGACUGGAGGGUAAGCUGAUGCUGGGGGUGCAAAGGUAAGGGGCAGCUGCGAGAGGCUGGGCAAGGGCCAAGUUGGAAGGGAAGGAGGGAAUCGGGAGGACAGGGCCCAGCUGUGUUGCCAGAGGAUCCUGCUGGCUGUGUCUGGGCAGCCUCUCUGGGAAGUGCCCAGGGGUCAGUGGGGCCUGAAUCUGACCUUCUCCUUUGGGUCUUACAGGAACUAACUGAGGAGCUGCCCCCGGACUCUGGGCCCAGCUCUGUCCUCUCCAGCUCCAUGGACCGCACGUGAAACCUCCCGUACCAGAAGCUCCCGUCCGGCUCCCCCAGCUCCGGUGCUGCUCACACCCAGAGACGCUGCCUCCUCCAUGGCCAGGUUCUCCUCCACCUCCUGCACAGCCUGCAGUGAUGGGUAAGGGAACCCGUGGCCACAGAGACCCCGUGGGCACGGGUGGGGAUUGAAUCUGGGCCCUUCACCACGGGCACAAGCUCUGUCAGGCUCCCAUCCAGAAAGCCAUGGAAGGCUCUGCCUGCAGACACCCCCUCUCCAUUCCCACUGCCAGACUCUUGAGUGACAAUGAAAAAGCAGGAGAACUUCUGCCAGAGAACCCCCGGGCUGCACAGUUGGGUGUCACUGGGACGUCUCUGGGAGCCAUUUCCAGUGUGUUCUGGUGGGGUCAUUUUCCUUCUCGAAUCCAGGGUGUCUCUGCUCCCAGAAUCUCAGCCAGGGAGGCCACCCUGCAGAAUAUGGCCCCGCAGUUUGGCGAUGGGCUGCAGGAGUCACCACGUAGGUGUGCAGCAGCCGUAGCGCCUGCACUGACCAUGGGCCAAAACCUGCAGCCCUGACGGCCCAGGAUACCCCCAGGGAUGGCAACGGGAGGGUAGCCUGGGUAACUAGCUGCUGGGCCAGGGCAUAUAGAGAGAGGACUCAGAGAUGCAGCAAACCAAUGGCCAGAGAAGUGAAGCAUGUAAGGAAAAGAGAAGAGCUAGGACAUCUGGGGAGCUACUGCAGUCAAGGGAUCCCAGACGGAAGAGAGAAGAUGGGUGGGUUAGACACACGAAGUCCUGCAUCUUGGUAGGGGUUAGACGAGAUGAACCUUGCCAGGGGUGGUGACUUAUAUGGGCCCGUGGUGCCCCGGCUCCAGCAAAUUCAGGGCCCUGCGCUCCCUGGCCGGCUGCUGCCACUGCAGGGUACAAGGGAGGGGCAGGCUGAGGCGGCUGACGCGCCU